AACAAGAUGGGUCACCAGCAAUUGUACUGGAGCCAUCCGAGAAAAUUCGGACAGGGAUCCCGCUCCUGCCGUGUAUGUUCUAACAGACAUGGACUGAUCCGUAAAUACGGACUUAAUAUGUGCCGUCAGUGCUUCAGACAGUAUGCCAAGGAUAUUGGAUUUAUCAAGCUUGACUAAACACCUGAGCAGAUGUGAUUGGCGGUGGUUGAGACACUUGGUGAAUAAGGACCAUGCCCAUUAACUCAGCACCAAGCAGAUGGAUUCACAAUAUACUUCUGUUUUGUAAAUAAAAUUGGUGCAGUCUCCAAAAGUUGUUCUUUAUAUUUUUUUUUUCCUUCUGAGUAUGAGCAUGGUCACAGCAAUAAAAUGACCUUAAACACUGAUAGCA